UCCGGGGAGACCGGAUAUAGUGAAUGCAGGGUCCGGGGAGACCGGAUAUAGUGAAUGCAGGGUCCGGGGAGACCGGAUAUAGUGAAUGCAGGGUCCGGGGAGACCGGAUAUAGUGAAUGCAGGGUCCGGGGAGACCAGAUAUAGUGAAUGCAGGGUCCGGGGGAGAGCGGAUAUAGUGAAUGCAGGGUCCGGGGAACCGGAUAUAGUGAAUGCAGGGUCCGGGGAGACCGGAUAUAGUGAAUGCAGGAUAUAGUGAAUGCAGGGUCCGGGGAGAGCAGAUAUAGUGA